AUGCCUCAUGUGGUCAGUAAAGGGGCGGGACUUCCGGUGUCCUCCUCGUGGCGGGCAAAUUCUUUCAGCCGGAUUCCCGUCAAUUACGUGUUCAGAAGGUUCAGUUCGCUGGGUGCUGGUAGGAUGCCCAGGCGGGGAAGGAGCCAGAGUCGCGGUCUACAAAGAUCAUCCGAGAGGAAAAAGGCAGAUGAUGAUGCCCGGGUGGUCCGCGCCAGGGCCGAGACCGGGGUCGCCAUGGCGGGGGCGGCCUCCUCUCCCACCGCUGUGUCCGGGCCUAGAGUCCAGAGUGCGUCGGCGGCCUCCCUGAGACGCCCGGCUGAGGUUGGUGUGACCUUUGCAGACAUUGCCCUGUACUUCUCCAGGGAAGAAUGGCGUCUCCUCAGUGAAGGUCAGAGAUGCCUGUACCUGGAUGUGAUGCUGGAGAACUUUGAACUUAAAUCGUCACUGGGUUGCUGCUGUGGAGCAGAGGAUGUGGACAAACUGACUGAACAAAACGUUUCUGUAAGAGUGGUACAGGCAGAGAAUCCCAAGGUGGCUUUGUCUUCCCAGGAGAGCCACCCAUGUGAGAGUUGUGGGCCAGUGCUGAGAUACAUUUUCCACUUGACCGAAGAGCAGGAAACACAACCCAGCCAGAAAUCAUUGCAGUGUGGGGCAUGUGCAAAACAAUUUUACUUCAGUACAAAGUGUCACCAGCACCAAGAGUACCACGUGAGAGAGAAGCCUUUGAGAAGAGGUGUGGACAGGCUUCUCCUUGCACGGGGCUGCAAUGUCAGUGUGUCCCAGAAGCUUUUUACCUGUGGGGAGGAUGGCCAGGUCAUCCUUACUGAGUCAGACCAUCUCCAACAAGAGGUUAUUCUCACCAGGGACUGGCCAAAUGAAAUCUCACCAUCUGAAGACACUAUUCAAAGAGGAGAAAAUUAUUUCACUUUGAGUGACUGUACAAAAUUCAUUGGCUGCAACCAUGCGUAUGUUCAAAAGAAGAGCGUCCAUAGUGGAAGACAGUGUUUUGUGUGCCAUGAUGAUGGAAAAAAUGUCUCCAGAAUUUGUAGGUUUUGUUAUUGUCAGAGAGUUCCCAGUGCAGAAAAUGAUGUGAAGUUCCCACAUUCAUGUCAGUGCAGUGAAUGUGGAAAAUCUUUUACAAAACUAUCUCAACUUCAUCGUCAUCAGACAGUUCACACUGUAGAAAGGCCCCAUCAGUGCAGUGUAUGUGGGAAGUCUUUUAAAAGAAGAUAUACCCUUUAUCGUCACAAGCAAGCUCACACUAGAGAAAGGUCUUAUGAAUGUAGUGAAUGUGGGAAAUCUUUUAUCAACAGCACUCGUCUCCAUUAUCAUCAGACCGUUCACACAGGAAAAAAGCCAAAGCAGUGUAGUGAGUGUGGGAAAUCAUUUAAAAUAUUGGCUCAUCUUCGUGAUCAUCGGACAGUUCACACUGGAGAAAGGCCCCAUCCUUGCAGUGUAUGUGGGAAGUCUUUCAAAACAAAAAGUAACCUUUAUUUACAUGAGAAAAUUCACACUGGAGAGAGGUCUUACAAAUGUAGUGAAUGUGGGAAAUCUUUUAUGAAUAGCACUCUUCUCAAUUAUCAUCAGAGAAUUCACACAGGGGACAGGCCUCAUGCGUGCAGUGAAUGUGGGAAAUCUUUUACCAGAGGUGAUCACCUUCGUUCUCAUCAGAGACUUCACACUGGAGAAAGGCCUUAUGAGUGCAGCGAAUGUGGGAAGUCUUUUUUCCGAAAGAAUGCCCUCAAUUGUCAUAAGAGACUUCACACUGGAGAAAGGCCUUAUGAGUGCAGUGAAUGUGGGAAAUCUUUCUUCCGAAAGAAUGCCCUCAAUUGUCAUCAGAGACUUCACACUGGGGAAAGGCCUUAUGAGUGCAGUGAAUGCGGGAAAUUUUUCUCCCACGAAAAUUCCCUUAAUUGUCAUCAGAGACUUCACACUGGAGAAAGGCCUUAUGAGUGCAAUGAAUGUGGGAAAUCUUACUGCAGUAGCUCUGGCCUACUUUAUCAUCAGAAAUUUCACACAGGAGAAAAGCCUUAUAAGUGCAGUAAAUGUGGGAUAUGUUACCGCAGUCAUGCUAGCCUACGUUACCAUCGGAGUAUUCAAACAGGAGAAAAGCCUUAUGAGUGCAGUCAAUGUGGGAAUACUUAUUGCAGUAAAGUUCACCUGCGCUAUCAUGAGAGAUUUCACACAGGAGAAAGGCUUAAUUAGUAUGGUGAAUGUGCAGAAGGUUGUAGAUGUUAGGACACGUACAGGAUUUUUCUUUCAUGUUAAGAAUAACGGAAUUCUGUGAAGCCUUGGCUGAGUCAAAUGUCAUACAGCCAAACAUCAACAGUAAAGUGGUUCCCAUGACAAGCUUUCGUUUGUGAAGCAUGUGUAUCCAUGUUGCACUUUAUUUACCUAGGUGUUUUUCUACAUCUGUGUCACUGUAUAUUUCUAUUUCCCAUAUACCAGCUAUAAGGUUCCAAGAGAUUCCACGACUCAUCAUGGUUGAUGUGCUCAGAAAAAGUAACUUCCCUGUGAUUUGUUGGAGAAAAUUAGGAGUAGCCUAGCUUUUUAGGUCUUUUUUUCUUUGCACUCACAGUACUUGGCGCAUUGACGUGACUCAAUUUUGGCCCACAAAAUAUCAUCUGAAUUCAGAUGUCAGCUUAUAGGAGGACUACAUUUUCGCAGGACAUACUUUUUUACAUAACCAGUGAUCAUUUUUGAAUGUCCAAAUCACCAGUGUAGGAACUGCCAAGAUGAUCUCCCUUGGCUUGGUAAAAUAACAGGAGACUUUUCCCCAAGUCUUUUUUAAUCUUGAGGGCUGUAUUUAUUGUGUGGUGAAGUUUAUAAGCAGUUUCGUGCCCCACAAGCAUCAGAUGUGAAGAACUUUUAUGUGUCUCAACUUUCUCUGCCUCUUUGGGGACACUUUAGUGCAGAAAUCCACUCAGUGAUUUUUAUCAGACUUGCAUUCCUGCUCAUAUCCCCCUAGGCAAGACUGGUCUUUCUAGUUCUGAGAAGCCUCAGUGCUGUGAGUUUCAGGAGACAUUGACAUCACUGCAAAGAAGGGGUAGGUAUGACAACCUCAAUAUGUCAGGGAGCAGCAUGAAUUUUUUUUCUUGUAAAGGAUGGCAAUAUUUUUGCAGGGGUCCCUAGCCCAGGCCUUGCAAAAGGUCAUGGGUCAUAAUGUCUUCAAUUCCAUGGGGGAUGGUCAAGUGGUAGCACCAUAGAGGUGAGGGAAACUGAUUGCAAGAGAAACACUGCUGUGACUGGUGGUGGAGGACACUGAGGCAACUAGACAGAAUGUGAAUUUUCUCAGCGUGCAUCCAGAAACAUUUCUGAGAAAAAGACUGUAGGAUUGGUGUGUACACAGAUUGCAGGAUCUGCAGGAAUAUUCGUCUCUGUUGAUUCUGUCAUUGUCAUUGAAUGUGUUUAAAAGGUUUCAUGGACCUGGCCAUGCAAAAUGCUCCGCUUGCCAUCCUGCACCCGGGGUCUGCCAGCUGCCACCUGCAUGCCCAAGGUCCAUGUGCUGCUGCCUUGCAUGCCCCUUGCAUGCCCCGUGACGUCACUCUUUUUGCUAUGACCCCUCUCCGCCUCGCCACUCAGCCUCUCCUGCGGGUCUGGAUGAAUGUGUACAGAGGAGUUAACUCCUUGGUUGUCAGACUUUCAUACAGUUCAGUUUUCUGUCAGUUCUGAUUGUUAUUUUGUUUCUAAAUUGUUGUUUUUAUUUUAGUUGUGCCAGGAGGCUCAGUAUGUCUACCUAUGUAUGUCUCCAUCUUGGCCGGAAGUCCUUUGUCAACUUUUUAUUUGGUUCUUUGGCUUUUUAUUGUUGACUGGUAAGAGUGUUUUUUGUAUUCUGAGUACAAUUUUCUUAUUAGGCAUAUGAUUUGCUAGUAUUUUCUUUCAUACUGGGAGUUGUCUUUUCACUUUCAUGAUGGUUGUUUAUAAAGUAAAAGUUUUUAAUUUUGAUGAA